AUGUCUAGGACUAAAACAGAGCCAACAUCUCCUCCGAUGGUUGUUGAUGCCUACGGGGCUUCUGAGGGCACGGCCGUUUCUGCAGCCUCAGGUACUUCCAGACAGCGUGCACUCUCCAUCAAAAAAGCUUGCUUGGGAUCCAUUAGCUGCGGUCAGCCACGGCAGGCAAAGAUCGAGGCAGCAAAGCACGAAGCAGCAAAACACCGGCAGGGGAAGCAGGCAGGGGUGUCAGGAGCUGCUGCAGGCAGCGGACCGCUGCAGCCAUUAAGUCGCCGACGCUCGCGAGGCAGUUCAGUGACGUUUGCUGUUGACGACUCGGCGCCAUGCAUGGCAGCAUCAACGGCAUCUCGAGCCUCUUCCCCUACAAAUGACAGCAGCCGCUGCAAAAAAGUUUCUACAGGACCGAAGAGCUCUCAGCUGCCCGCUGGGACCUCCAUGAGCAAAGAAGAAUGGCCGGCAUUGCCGACGGUGACGGCACCACACUCCUCUUCGGGCACACCCACAACUUCGCUGCGCAUUACCAAGGUUUUGAAUUUGGCGAUGAGGACACCCGAAAGUUCACCAUCACUGCCCGAAUUCCUCAUGAAGGCGAGAGCAACAGGUAUUAUGUUGGGGGGUCGCGUUGUAGGGAGCUUUCAGUAUUCACUAACUGCGACAUGCGUUGGGAGGCUGUUGCAUGCUUCAUUGAAUGGUUCUUCAUCAGCUAGUCAGUUCGCUUGCUAUUGGCCAUUGGUGUUUUACAGGGCUCGUGUUUAUCAUGGCAACGACACACUUAUUGCGAGCAAGGCUAACGAUGGCUGCGUUUAUCUGUUCGAUUCGUGCAAAUUUGGCCCUGCUCUUUGCUUAUCCGACGCGGAGUCUGAGGAUAGCCAAAUUACUUUACAGAGGAGCCAGAUGGCCACGGACGCGGAGCUCAUUCUGACAGGCCAUACGACUCAAGGGUGGGGCCUAGAGUGGAGUCCCACACGAGAAGGAUGGCUGGCCUCUUCAGGGGACGAUGGCCUUGUCUGUAUUUGGGACACGCGGGCAUCUAGUGUCAAGGAUAAAUGCUUGAGUCCGGUACACCGGUUAGUGGCGUCAAGUAAUCGCAGAGCACUGCAGAGGCGCAUUGAUGAGCACUUUCGUGUGCAGGACGUGGCGUGGAAAUGCGGGGAUGAUGCGGGAGAGGUAAUUGUGGCUGUUGGCGACGACGGGGAGUUGAACAUGUGGGACUUACGGGCAGGCACGGUGCCGGUUCACCGGCAACCCUGUAACCAUUCGUGCGCCAACGUCUUGGCUCUGAACCCCUUGGCUCCGAAUGUGUUCGCCACUGGAGGCGCAGACGCUGUCCGUACGACUGACCGCUUCGUUCGGAUUUUUGACUGUUCACUGAUUGGCGCUGAGCAGUCCCCAGAGGAAGCAGAGGAGGGCGCGCCAGAAGUAAUAUUUGUCCACGGGGGCCAUGUCGCUGGCAUCACGGAAAUUGACUGGAACCCGCUGGGGGACAGAUUUCCAUGGGUUAUUGCAUCUGCUUCUGAGGACAACGUUCUGCAGAUCUGGCAGCCGUCUGUAAAGGCUUUUGAGGCGGAGGAGGCAGACUUUAUGUGCGAUGAAGGGAGUAUGGAUGAAGAACUGCUUGACUAG